AUAACUGAUUUCAGCUAAACGAAACUUGAACCAUGAGUUCUACUUUGCUAGUUGGGCUGAUGAAUUUUCCGCUUUUUCGACAGAUCCUCGCGGCAUUCCCCUACGGCCGCCCCACCACCGCAGACAGCCCCACCACCUCCGACCCUCCGGAGGGCUACUACGCCUUCAUCGAGUCCCCGAACGCGGAGCCGCCCGCGGUGCGCCCGCCGCCCUACACGCACGUGCGCCAGGACUGCAGAGAGGAGGAGGGCCAAGGACAGAUGGGGUCGCCCUUCAACCUGUGCGGCGACCUCAACAAGGGCGGCAUUCCGAGGAACCCGAUGGGGCAGAACGUGCUGGGGUCACCGUAUCCCUUUGAACUUAUUCGGAAUAUGACGCUAAAGUAUCUAAGCCGAACAUUACCAAUUCUUAAGGCUGACGAGACGCUACCAAAAGUUGCAGAGAUGCAAGAAGACCUCAUCUCGGAAAAUACGUUAGAUUCCUUCCAGCAAAACGACCGAAGCAGCCGGAUCAGAAGACACACUACCACCACCUCCGAUGGUGCCACCUCCGACGUUGCCGCCUCCGCCAGACAGUCCCGCAAAUUCUGCGACCAAGGCGGCGUCUUCUGCAUGUUGUACAACGCCAUCAACGGUGAAUCGCCGGCCGGCGUCCCUUCCUCGCAGAUGCCGCUAGAGAGGCGCGAAGACGUGGCAACGUCGCCGACGAGAUACGAAGGCCCGCCCACUCCGUGCCCCGCCAAGGUCGAGUACGUGACGCCGGUGUUCGCGAAGAACUACCAGGGCGUGUGGAGAUACGUGGUGCAGAUUCCGUACGAGGGGUACUUCACGCAAACUUUGGAAGUUACAAGAUGCCACUACUUAGAUGGUGGUUGUUUAUCAUCGCCAAGAUGGUCGAGUCUACUGGUAGCUGAAAUUUACUAUCCUGAUACGGUAUUGAGUAGCAGCGACUUGAAUAAUGCCCAGAGAAGUCCGAUCACAGUGUCUCAGCCACCAUCAGUUCAAGAUUUUCAGAAUUACCAGCAAUACCUCCAAAAGCGGUCUGGCCUCCAGGCAUCGGUCGUCGACCCGUCGAGCACCCAAAGGCCGCCCCAGUGCGACGGGGUGGACUCUUUGGGGUGCUUCCAAGUGCGGCUCUACUACGACUGGUUCCUGAUUCCCGGAUCGUGCAAGUGCUGGCGCCCGGACUACUUCAACAAGUACGUGAGAAGGAAAACGAAAUCCGAUCUGUAAGGGCGACUCCCGAAGACUGUUACCUGAUUCAGCGCAUACGACGAAAAGUUGUUUAGAGGUUUAUCAAAAUAGGCCGGAUGUUUUCGACUACAAAAACAUGAUACAAUGUUUUAUUGGGCAAGUACGAAGAGCUUAUAGGUGCACGUUAGAGACGUGUUGUAUUGUAGGUGGGCGGAUCUCAGCUUCCUUCUCGUUAUGUCAUGUGCGCAAGAGGGGAAUUUCACACUACUAUUCAUUACAUCACCUUGACGGAUUUUUUUAAAAUUUGUACGGACAUUUGACAAGGAGUGACAGUUAGGCAUGAACAAAAUUAUUUUAAAGCAUAUCAUAUGCGGUGCGGGAGAUGCUCCAAUGCCUCCAAUUGACUUUGGAUACACUAUACCCUAAUAAUGUUUAUCACAAGCAAUAUUAAACAAUAAAUAAUGACUAUCGUUAAUUGAUCUAGAGUUUUCUUUGCAUAAUUUUGAAUUCAAUAACUAUUCCUCUUUGGAAAAAAUGUUUCAACCAAACCAUUAUACCCAUUAUUCUAUAGGCCAGUUCUUUCUAUUUUGAUAAAUACUUCUUAUACCUACUAUUAAAAUACUUUUUGUGUGUUUGACAAAAAUUAGUUGAGACAGUUCCCGCCUGAAUCAUUUGGAAUGAUACUGAUUCAGUGGGAAGAAGGAUAUGAGUUUGCAUGCAAGAUUCGACAUUUUAUGUAUUGGUCCUUUAUUUUUAAAGUGCCUAGUAUUAUAAGAUGUCAGCUGAUAUUAAAAAGAUAUGAUACUUUUGCAUGUGAACUUUGAAUGAUGACUAUUAGUUGGAGAUUUUUCUGAAUUGAAAUUAGUAGUCAAUAAAAUUCCAUUUAUUUAGGCGACUUGUCAAGUUUAAUUUAUUGUAUAAUAUAAAUAAUAUUUUAUGUAAAACCUAAUAAAGUUAAUAUUUU